AUGCAAAAAAGCGAUCGAUGGUCCGAAGAUAAGGAAGGAGAUGGAGGGAGAAGCCGCCCGACUUCUAGAAGGAACUCCGCCAGCGUGUCGCGCCGAGGUAGCAAAGAGGAGACCAAAGAGAACAACAAGGCAAUCAGUACAGCACCUCACUCUAGCAACUCAACUCCAAAAAGGACACAGAAGGCCCAGGACUUCGACUUCGUUGUCACUGGAAAGCAGAUUUUCAAAAAGGCGGACCGGGCCAGCUCGCUGCCCGGCUCUCACCGGAGACCCUCCGCCGACUCCCUCUCAAAACACAGGAGAGUGCUCGACUCCCCAAAAAGGUUCGCCUUGUCUCAAUCUUCGAAGAGCAGGGACACCUCCCUCGAUGAAGACAUGUCGCUAGAACUGUCGCAGGUUUCAGACUUUGAAGACAUGAACUCGAAGUACGGAAUAAAGAACAAAUUCUCGGCGCUCGCCACCUCCACACCGAAGAAACAAAUCCAGAAACCGAGAAGCGGGUCCUUGCAAAAUCAGGCACUAGCGAAGGAACUGCCGAGACGCGGUCAAAGGAGUUUGGACUGUAAGCACAGUCGACAGAGCACGUUUUCCUGUAGCAGAGACAGUAUGUACAAGACCUCUUCGUCUAGUCCUUACAGGCAAGGAGUAAGCACCGAGCUGGACUGUUCCUCGGUGUCUCCAGAGUACUCGGCGGCGUCUUCUGGCGAUUCCCUCGGAGCCCCACCCGACACACUGAUGACGCCACACUCACAAGAACUAAAUGACUCCAGCUGCUACGUGAGCACGUGGCAGGAGUGCGAGGGGUCGGAGGUGCGUGCGGGGGUGAGGCCGGGCUCUGACGGUGAGUGGGCCCACUUCUGGGCGCACUACAACGGACCCCAUACUACCCGCGCGCUCUACGACCACUGCCCCACACCCUACCGCAACGACCUGGACCUCAUUGAUUUUGAGCUCUCAACCAACGAUUCCGUGAAACGGUCUCCAGACAACUUGGCAAGCUUAAAUAACUUAAUAAAGGCCGAAGGAUUACAUCUUACGGCGAAAGAAACACAGAACGUCAUAAAAUGCGCGCACAUACUGGGCACCGUUGUGACUAAAGCUAUAGAAAGAAGAACGAAGGAGAAAGAAGAGAACACAGAAAAAAUACAAGAGAUACAAAACCAGACGGUAGACAAAGAAAAAGAAACAAAAAGGAAAACAUUGACUUUAGAUCUGAGAGAGACAAACUUACCAGUUGAGGUGACGGAGGAAAAAAGAUGCGAGACGGUGACGACACAGACGGAUAUCUCGCUGCCAAAUACGAAGAGUGCGCCUAAAAUUUUCGAGAAAAUUCUGCGUCAACUAUCCAGAAGUUCUAUUGAAGAUGGUGCAGAGAAGAAAGCGGCGCAAGAUGGUAAAGAAGAAAACAAAGAAGAACCUAAACCUGAGUCUUAA